AUGGAUCUUCUGAAACAAACCAAGAAAACGACAACCACAGGUCGCAAGAAGAUCGAGAUAAAGGAGAUAGACAAGGACUCGAACAAACAAGUUACCUUCUCAAAACGACGCACCGGACUGUUUAAGAAAGCCAGCGAGCUCUGCGUCUUGUGCAAUGCUCAGGUCGCCAUGAUCGUGUUCUCGCCGGCCGACAAAGCCUUCUGCUUUGGCCAACCCAACGUUGAAGCCGUCCUCCUCCGCUACCUCCGCGGAGGAACAGAAGACCACGACGAACCUGCUAUCAGGCAGGCGGCGAGCGAGACCAGUCCGGUGUAUUACGAGGAACUUAACAGACAACACGAGGAAGCAGUGAAGGCGUUGGAGAUGGAGAAGCAACAAUUGGAGGAGAUAGAGAAUGUGGCUAAGGUAUGGAACAGAGGAAACUGGUGGGACGAACCGAUUGAUGAGAUGGAUUUGGAUCAGUUAGAGCAGUAUGUGGUGGCCAUGCAUGAGUUAAGAAGAAAGGCGGCUGAGAAGGCCGAUGAGAUGAUGAGGGUUGCGAUAAUGCCGUCGGUGCCAUCGUUUUACGGAGAAAGUUCAUUGGGCGGUCUUCUUAAUGGAGGUGGUGGCUAUGGCGGUUUUGCUAAUAACCAGUUUGGUGGCGGUGGUCUUGUUGCUUAUCAUGACAAGUUCGAAUUUUGA